AUGGCGGCCAUUGGCUUACUCGCACUAAUUGCCUGGGCAAUGUAUUACGAUCGGUCCAAGACGACAAUGGACCCCAGAUUUGACCAUCCGUGGAAGCUCCGAACCCUUCACUGCUUGCUCAUUAUGACAAUGACAUUGGUGGUGGUUGGUCAACCUGUCGGUGAAGUUAGUGGACCGUCGUCCCGUUUUUCAUUUGCUGUUGUUCUUCCCAAACAGGGCAAGAUCCUCGAGUGGUCCGGCCUCUGCAAGCAGAUCGAGUUAAUCCGCUUCAUGCUGAACCUCAAGAAGGCCAGGCUGCACCCCGGCCUCUCCACCGAGGACCUCUGCUUCGACGGGGUGCCCGUCCGGAUCUACCGGCCGAAAGCGCCCUCUGCUGGCCGGAGGAAAGGGUUCGUGUUCUUCCACGGCGGAGCCGGGAUGAUGGGCAGCAUCGAUUACUACCAAGAUGUUUGCUCUAAACUUGCCAAGGACAGUCAAACCGUGCUUGUGUCUGUGGGGUAUCGCCUCUCUCCCGAACAUCCGUACCCAACGCAGUGUGAGGACUGCUUCGCGGCGACGGUUCACUUCAUGAAAAAUUCUGAGGUCUUUGGGGUGGAUCCGUCCCAGAUCGUCAUUGGCGGAGACAGCGCCGGAGGCAACUACGCCAGUGUGAUUGCCCAGAAACUGGUGGAGAGACCCGAUCUUCCCAGACUGAGAGCCCAAGUCCUGUUGUACGCGGGAACCCAAGCCAUGGACUUCAACUUGCCUUCUUAUCAACAGAACGCCACGAUGCCGCUGUUGUUCCAGGACAGCGUGGUUUUCUACGGCCUGAAAUAUUUCGGAAAAAGCACUUCGUUGACCGAGGACCUACUGAUAGGUUCCCACGUGCCAGACGAAAUAAGACUGAAAUGCGACAAGUGGAUGCGCCCGGAAAACCUCCCGGAGAGAUUUCUGCGCAGAGGCUUCCGACAAAUCCCGGCAGUUCCGUGCAAGCCCGAAGUGUACGAAAAAUUGCCGGAGAUCCUCAGCAUCUCUUUCUCCAGCCUAUUCGCCGACGACGCCGUCAUCCGGCAGCUCCCGGAGACGUUCGUGGUGACCUGCGAGUACGACGUGCUUCGGGACGACAGCCUCCUGUACAAGAAGCGCUUGGAGGACAACGGCGUCAAGGUCAGCUGGUUCCACUCCGAAAACGGGUUCCACGGCGUGAUCAACUGCAUCGACUUGUGGUUCCUCACGUUCCCCGCUGGGGUGGAAAUCCUGGACCGUGCUGCGGAUUUCGUCCGGAGUUUAUAAAUUGCUUUCGGAUGAAAUCGUAACUCCAGGCAAAGGAUAUAACGCCAGCAUAGCAGCCACGGAGUUGUGUGUGUUUCGGUGCCAUUUCACAUACACGUUUAUAUAUUGUGACUUGGAGAUUGUGCACAACAUCCAGGUAGUUUGCAUCAUGUAUGACCUCCAAGUCAUGAUGGAAGGGAACAAUGUUAUUGGCAUGCCAAUCAAACCCAACAAAACCGUCCUCGUUUUCCAGAAGCGAGACUGUGGUAGGACUCCGAUUUACCUGAAGGUCACAAGAGGCCACGAAAUUGUGGUUUGUGAAGCCAAGUCCCAACCCAGACACCUGGACUGAGUUGUCUUCUCCUGCGUCCAAUCCUUCGGGAGGAUGAAAGUUGGGAAGAGAACCUCCCUGAAGCACAUAUCUGAUAAUAGAUAACGUUACUGAUUCCCUCCACCCUUGUCUGUGCCCUACGCCUUCCCUUCUUAUCUCACUUCUAGAUGGGAAAGGAAAUUGUGCAGGUGGUAAUCUACCUGUACGGGGUGACAUAGCUUUGAAUGAAUCUUCUCAAGAACUUCCUGUGGGUCCUAUGGGGCACCCCCAUGCGAUAGUUUAGGUCCCGGCCUAGUCUACUUGGAGAACCUAAAGCUAAAGGUUCUGGAAGCUUUGAGAGGAACAUCUUCCAACACGUUAUCUAAAUUAGUGAUGCUCCUCAGGCCAUCUAUUACGAAUCCUCCAAGAUCUAUGUAAUCCAGUUCUUAAAUUUCUGGAUGGUGACAAUGAUUACACUAUAACAGUGGUCCCCAAUGUGUUUUUUGACCAGGGACACUUGAUCAGGGACCACUUUGAGCAGGGACACAUGACCAGGGACCACUUUGAGCAGGUACACUUGACCAGGGACCUCUUUGAUCAGGGACCACCUUGACCAGGGACCACUUCAACCAGGGAUCACCUUGACCAGGGACAACUUUGAUCAGGAACCACUUUGACCAGGGACCACUUUGACCAGGGACCACCUUGACCAGGGACCGCUUCAACCAGGGAUCACCUUGACCAGGGACAACUCUGACCAGGGACUACUUUGAUCAGGGACCACUUUGAUCAGGGACCACUUUGACGAAGGCCACUCUCCAAUAUUAGUACCAAAAGGGUUAUGAAUCUAAAGUUGACCUAAAACCGAUGUUUUUGGUCCUAAUGUUGGAGAGUGGUCCCUGGUCGAGUGGCCCCUGGUCAAGAAAAGGUUGGGAACCACUGAUCUAAUCUAAGAAGAUAUCUGAUGCCAUUUUGCAUCUCGCCCACAAAUAUUAUUAUGAUGGUCAUGGAGCUCUAUCAGAAAAAUCUGAUAACUUCAGACCAGAAUUCCAAUCAUGAAUGAAGACAUGAACGGUCUUUGAGAUGCAAAAUGGACAUUGGGUGGAAGGAUUCCAAGAUGACGCAACCCAGCCAUUCAAUGAGGGCAACACAUGCUUGAUGAAAACGAUUAGCCAUACUCGGGUUGUCGUUGCGUGUGAUUCAUUGCUCACCUCCUUUGUUUUUGCGCUCUUAUAUGCAUAAUGUAUAUGUGAAAUAUUUUUUUAUUAAUAAAGUUUUAUGAACAUUCACCUCACGUGAAGUAGUCCAUGUGUUGCGAAGCUUCGGAGUCCAAUAAGGUGGAGUUCCUGCCAAUUAGAGUGUGG